CUAUCGGAUAACAAGCCGACCCUUCUCACCAUGCGUGGUGUUUACAACUGAACAAGGCUAGCUAAAAAGGAAGAAGAAAUGUCAACAGACAAAAAUAAAUAAUCAAAUAAGUACACAGAAGGGAGAGAAUAAACAACAAUACUUCAAAAAAGUCUUCAAUGAAACCAGAGAGGUCACAGCCCUUGGAAUGAGGCCACAACAACAUGCUGUCCCGUCGCAAUAAGAGAGCUGGGUCGGAUCUCCCAGCUUCACUUCUCCCCACGCCUGAGGUCCCCUCCUCCCGUCUGACUGCUGGAGGGCAGAUCACCACCCCCUGUCUGCACCCCUCCCUGCCCCCUCCCUCUGUUAUCUGCAGCACUCAGCCCUUCAGAUGCACUGCACCCCGUCUGCACUACUUGGCCCCCUCUUCGGACACACCAGGGGGGGAUAUCAGCCCUCCUCCUUCCUCCCACCCUUAUCAGAGCCACUGUGCUGCUGAGGGAGGCGGAUGGGACGGCUGCAUCGCUGCCCCCAGCUCCACAGAGCUGCUUUGCUGCGGGGUUUGGCUGCGAUUCGGACCCUCUAAGAAUUCGGAUCCCUCGUUCACAGAUGCACUCCAUAUUGGGCUGCAACCACCUCUGUUUCGCCCUCCCCUGGAGGACCCUCCUGCCUUAUCUCAUGGCUCUGCACCUCCUGCAUCUGGGAUCAGCCCAGUUCAAUGUGGUGGCACCGAGCCUCCAUGUCACUGCCAUCGUGGGACAGGACGUCGUGCUGCACUGCCAGUUGUCCCCGUGCAAGGAUGCUUGGAGAUCUGACAUCAGAUGGAUCCAGCAACGGUCCUCUGGUUUUGUGCACCACUACCGAGAUGGAGAGGACCUGGAGCAGAUGGCGGAAUAUAAAGGGAGGACAGAACUGCUCAGGAAUGGUCUCUCUGAUGGAAACCUGGAUCUGCGCAUCUCUGCUGUGAGAUCCUCUGAUAGUGGCUCGUACAGCUGCGUUGUGCAAGAUGGUGAUAACCGUGGAGAAGCCGUGGUGAACCUGGAGGUGUCAGAUCCCUUUUCCCAAAUCAUCUAUCCCUGGAAGGUGGCUCUGGCUGUGGUCAUCACUCUUCUGCUUGGGUUAUUUGGCAUCACUAUUUUCCUCUAUAAAAAGCAAGAGAGAAACUUUGACAGGCUGGAGUUACGAGCAUGGAGAGCAGAGAAAAGGAGUGAAGAUCUGAAGGAUCUAGUCACAGUAAUAGAGGCAUUCUAUGAAAAGAUGGAAAGAAUGGAAGCAAAAGUGGAGAAACUAACUGCAGACAUGGUGCAACAAAGAGAAGAAUCAGAAAAACACGGUGAAGAGACAGUGGUAGAAACUGAAGAAUCGGGUGAGUCUUCCCCAGAUCAAAGCAAUAUGGGGCUUCCCAUGGGAUGACAAGCUGUCCCACCUCAGCAUCCGUUGCUUUUUCUUUCUGUUCCAGAAGAAUUAUCUGAAGAAUUGGAUUGAGAGAUGAACUGCGCCUCACACUAACCAUGGGAGUUGAGCUUCAUAGACUGCUGACUGCACAGGAUACCAAAAUUGGGAUACCUCAAAUCGAGCAAGGAAACCCACACUGAACGAAGUGGAGCCAGAGUUUGUUCUGAGUGAGAACACUGCAGUUCUGUGAGCCAAAGCUGCCUCAGCAACCACUGAACUCAGGAUGUGCGACCUCCAACUCAAAUCCAAUCGGAAGAAAGAAACCAUAGAAAGCAAGGAAGGACACAGAGAUCCUGGAAAAGGGAUGGACAUUUUGGGAAAUAAUAUGACCAUGUAUCAGGCUUUGUGGGCAUCUAAUGAAUAUGUAACGCUUUUGGAAAUACAAGCAUGCACGCAGAAGCAAAGGUGGAAAAUGGCUUUGGGUGUUAACACUGUUCUUCUCUGUCACAAUAUAAUAAAGCAUACCUGCUGAUGGUAAUCAA